GAGACUCCACGUGACCGCUUAAAACGACAUGGGCGGCAUUGGCAUAAGACAUCAGUUUAAACACAUCGCUGGACCAGGAAGUAACAUCUCCGAACCGACCGGCUUCUCUGGGCAGAGUCUGGACACUUAGGAAAAUGACGACCGUCAGGUUUGGGAGCAGCACGGGACCAUGCCGCUCUGUGGCGAGAACUUCUCAAGAAGAAUCUGAGGAAAAGGGAAACUUUGACCCGGAUAAACUUUGCCAGUGCCCUUUUGAUAAGAGUCACCAGAUCCGUGCUUGUCGCCUCUCUUACCACAUUUUAAAAUGCAAGAAGAACCAUCCACAACUGGCCAAGCAGCUCAUAACCUGCCCCUUCAAUGCUUGCCACCUAAUCCCAAAGCAUGAGCUGGCCAGCCACACUGACACAUGUCCUGACAAAAUUUCAGUGGGCCCAGAGAAUGGUGGCAGUGAAAAAUUGAGAAAAUGGGAGGUUCCAGUCAUGUCUCAAAUUAACACGGACAUGACUGAAGACUGGGAAAAGGAAGUUGAUGAAGCAGCAGUUCCUUUUGUUUGGGGUACUACUCAGAGACCAGAAGCCAGACCCACCAACAGUGUUGGUUCAAAGUUCCGUUUACCCACUUCACUCCCAUGGUAGAUACAAUUUUUUUUUUUUUGGACAGAUCUUUUCUCUUGGUGGUUGUUUGGGUCCAUUGGUGGAGUUUAUUUUUUUGUAAUCUUAUUUGUUUUUAAUUGUUAAAAGCAGUUCAGCUUUUCCGUUUUUAAAUGUCAUUAUGUUGUGCUUUUAUUAUAAUAAAUGGUUUGCAUGGAAUGGUUUUGAACUGAGGCAUUUUUAUUUUGACACUGGCACAGGUGAACCUUAUCACUACAAAUGUUAUAUCAUUGAAUGACCACCAGAUGGCAACCCAGUUUUGUUUUUUUUUGCAAGUCAGCCAGUGUCAUGGUUGGUGCAGGGUAGUGACCACAUGAUGGACAAUAAACAAGUGUUCAAGUCACACAAUUACUAGAUGUACCUGCCCCUAUAUAAUCAUGUUUUAAGCAACUAGUUGGCACCUAGCAGUGAAAAUGUUGCAUCAAUUGCAUCAAGUAGAGUGUUACAGAUCAACCAAAUGGAUUGAAUUUGCAUGAGGAGAGGGGGCUGCAAAAGAAGAGCACAUACUUUAAUUAUGGUGCAAUACGGUACUUAAAAUCUACCAGUUCAUAGGAAGUUCCUAAAGAACAGUGACAGUCUUUUCUAAUACUGUACUUCAGGAUUUUGUGCAAUAAUUACAAAAGCUGCUGCUUCCUAUCCAUUUCUUCCAACAUCCUCCUCGCCUCAACAUCGACCUCGGGCCGCAUGACGACUGGGCUGGUGACUUCGGGACAACCACAUGGAGAGGUAUCUGCUUGAGCAAACAAAUAUUCUGCACAAUACAUUAAUGAACAAUUUCAACGCUUUUGUCAAAAAGUACUCCUUGGGAGAUUUUCUGUUUUCAAUGAAUUUCUACUGUACCUUCACUUUUCCACUUGUGUGAUGAGUCAGAAUAAUUGCAAAUACUGAAAGAGAAGAUCAAUUUCGGGUGAGAGCACUCUGAGAAGCAGAAUAUGCGAAACAACUGUCUAUAUUGCAUAUAUUUUUGCCUAACACAACUCUGCAGUAUUUAUUAUGGAGACUCAUUGAGGCCAAACAAGGCUUGGUCAUGAUUGCAGAAUAAUGCUGUGUGUAAAUGCGAAAGUUAACACUGAUUAUUAUACUAACUAUAGCCUACCAGUCUUUUCAUUUAUGAACUCUCAACAUUGUGCAGCUUUGACAUCAGCACUUAUCCAUUUAAAGAAAUACAUUUGAGCAGUAACUGUCUUUUUUUCAUCUUUGAAAUAUGUCCAUCAUAUUUUAUUGUUUUUGAAUGCUGUACUCGACCAGUCCAGGGUGUACCCCGCCUCUGGCCCAAAGUCAGCUGGGAUGGGCUCCAGUAUACCCCCGCAACCCUAAUGAGGACAAGAGGCGCAAAAGAAUGCUGGAGAAUGCUGUACCUCGUGGUGGCCACGAGGUGGCCCUGUUGUGUUUUGGAGCGACUUUUUCUUUGA